GCUGUGAUAGUUGCGUUAGAGGGGAUGAACAAGAGUCCGAAAUGCUUGAGUCUCACGCAUAAUGCGCGAGCCCUGGUAGCUCUGUAUUGUCUAGACAGGAAUAACCGUCGUUUCUGGGGUUUUAUUCAACAAUUUCUGACAUUUUCAUCCCUAUUGUGGAGCCAACACAGUUCAGCGGAACAACCAAAAUACAGAGACUGAAGCUUUUGGUCUAUGUAUUGUCUUGAUGGUAUUUGAAUGAUGUAUGCUGCAAAGUUUAUCGGGUUUUUCAUCACACUGUGUUUCAGUGUACUUAGUAUUCAAGCAGGGAUUCUGCUAUGGGCUAAGAAAAACUUGAAUAUAUUCAACCCAGUCUGCUACUCAGGCGUUGAAUGCUGCUUCCAUGAGCGGACUUAUAAGCCAAGUGUUUCUGCUCUUGACUGGUCUUUCGACCAACAUCUGUUUGGCCAACCAUUGGCCCAGAGGACCAUCCUUGGUGCUAUUGAUGGUCAUGUGACCAGUCAUAAUCCGCAGAAGCCCUUAGUCUUAUCCCUGCAUGGACCUGCUGGAACCGGAAAGAACCACAUCACUCGUCUGGUUGUCGAAAGUCUGUUCACACAUGGGAUGGAUAGUACUUUUGUGACUCAGAAGAUAUCGACCAAGGACUAUCCGCAUAAAGAAUUACUCCAGUAUUACAAGGACGAGCUGGUGUCAUUAUUGAAAUCCAAGGUAUCAUCUUGCCCCCAUCAUGUGUUCAUAUUCGAUGAGAUAGACAACAUGCCACCAGGCUUGCUAGACAGUAUCAAGAGCUACUUAGAUCACCAUGACAAAGUAGAUGGGAUUGAUUUCAGGAAAACCAUUUUUAUAUUUAGAAGUAAUCUAGCUGCACAAGCAAUCAACAAGCAUGCAUGGGACAUGUAUGAGAGGGGAAAAGGAAGGAGAGAGAUUAUUUUACCUGAUUUGGAGCGAAUCAUCUCAAACGAAAUCAGUCAAAACUCUGAAGCUGGUUUUUACAAGGCACGAAUCAUCAGCUCUCAUCUGGUCAGCCAUUAUGUGCCAUUCCUCCCUCUUGAAUCAUCCCAUGUCAGGCAAUGUAUCAGAGCCGAAUUCAAUGUGCAUGGGCACAGAUCCACUCCAGCCUUGGAAGAUGAGGUUCUUGCUGAGUUACAGUUCAACGGACCAAAAGGAUCCAGGGUAUUCGCAGUCAAGGGAUGUAAGAAUGUGGCUGAGAAAGUAAACAUCAUUCUCUAUAAACUGAAGAUGAAAGCUCACAGAGAGAGGCAUGUAGAAUUAUAAGGUUAAAGGGGAGUACUUGAAGGCCCAGCGAACGAUGUAGAUUGAAAAGAAAAUAAACGGGUUAUCACUACAAUGGAAGCCGUCCUGAGAAAUUUUAAAAGCAAAAAAAAAGAGUGGUUUCCUGACAAAAUGAAGGUCAAUUAGGUUAUAUCUUUCAAUUCUUUCACAUCUUGCAGAAUUCCCAGGGCCAUGGGUUACUCACUACCCAUUUUCCUUCAUUUUUUUUCAUGAGAAAUAAAAUGCAUUUAUGUAGUUUAGCAUGCAUCACAGCUGCAAUAUAGCUGGGUAGGCUUACUCACAUAUCUGAAAUAUUAAUAUUAAGCAUUGUAUGAAAAUUUGUGGUCAUCUUUGCCCAGGUGGUAAAGUGUAUUACAUCUCAAGUUAAAAUAACUUUUUAAAUGUUCUGUUCUAAAAUUUAUAAUCUUGAUCAUAUUUUUCAAUAUUAUGGAAUCACUUUAAGAGCUUGAAUCUGUUUUUAUUUUGAUAAGUCUGAGCUUAAAACAUUGAGGAAGAGCUGUGUAGUUGGUUCUAACUCUCUCCCUACGAUAAUAAUAAACAGUUCUUUUAUAGCACAUAUCACAAUUAUGAAUAAUGUCUCUAACUCUCUAUGCACUUCCAAAGGACUUGAAUAUUAGCUGUAGCUUUGCAGCUGUAAUUACUAAGAUUACAGCACACACACAUUUCAAGGAUUAAAUUCCUGCCGGUACCCAUUCACCUCACCUGGGUUGAGUGCAGCACAACGUGGAUGAAUUUCUUGCCCGAAGAAAAUUACGCCAUGGCUGGGAUUCGAACCCACAACCCUCUGUUUCAAAGUCCGGAGACUAAUCCACUGGGCCACAAUGCUCCACAUGUUAUGAUCAGAGAAUUGUAUGUUCAAAUCACACUGCAGCCUAGUGUCCUUUGGCAAGGUGUCAAUCCACAUAAUGCCAUUCGCCACCCAGGUUUGGGUACCUGGUAGGAUGCAAAUAUCAUGGCAGCUUGGCCAGCACAGUGUGUUCCUCAGUGGCGACUGGUUGGAAUACUCCCCAGGGAGUGGAGGAUAUUCAUACAUUUUGUUGGGGAAUGACUGAUUGGAAAUUGCCAAGGUUAUGAUAAAUAUGUGAGCACUUUGGUACACAUAAUGUAUAUCUUAAGAGCAUUAUGAAUAAACAGAUUAUUUAAUAAUUAUGAUAAUGAUAAUUAUUAUCAUUGCUAUCAUUAUUAUUAUUACUUUGAUUUUUAUAUGAUGAUGAUUGUUAUUAUUAUUGUAUUAUUUUUUUAUCAUUGUUAUAAUUAUUAAUACAUGGUAAAAUGAGAGAUUGUGUCUUCCAAUCCAUGUUAAAAAUGUAUAUUGCCAUAUUUUAUCUGAAAGUUUAAGACUAAAUGGAAGUCAUGGACUGUCUAAAAAGCAACAAAGAAAAAUAAUAAUUAAGGUUUGCCCUACAUGCAUGAGAGCGGCUGGUGCAUUUGACCUGUGACACAAAGACUUAUGGAUAUUGUCUUUUGUAUUACCAUAUUAACACAUUACAUGAAUCUGUAAGGUAGUAUUGUUUGAAUGACCUUUGAAAGAUAUUAAUAAAAUCACAGACAGGGAGCUGCUAAACAGCAUAAGUUUUAUGUGAUUGCAAAGUUAUUUUCACACAAGAAAUUUACAUUGAAAAUUUACAAGAUGGUGACAGUAGUCACUUAAACUUUUCAAAGAUUUGAAUCACCGAAUAAUCCAAUAUUAUUCACAACCCUGAAUGUUUGCAAAAACUUUAGACAGGCUUUGAAUUGCACAAUAUUAUCUGAUGACAACUCUGGGUUUACUGGGGG